AUGGUCUAUGGCAACAUGGGUCAGGGCCGUAAGGGCAAAGGUAAAGGCGUCAGCAAAGGUGACGCCAAAGGGAAGAGUAAGAUCGGAUCUGAUGCCCGCAGUGAUGCAGCGACACCCACUGUUCCCGCGCUUGCGCACUCGGCGUCAAAUGUGCAUGAUGUUUCAGCUGAUGUUCGCUCGGUCAUACCGCAAGCGGCCAUUCUUCGAGCACAGUCGCAGCUUGUGCAGGAUGAUUGGAGCGUUCCCGUCUUUUCUUAUCAGACAUGGUCUUCGCGAGGUGGAGUUUCCGCUGUCCCAGUUGAUCGCAUCGCCGAGGUCGUUCAACGGGUUGGGUUUACUUCGAAUCCGGUGGCUAUCCGACUAUCCUCAUUACACGUGAUCCUGAUAGUGUCGGUCUCCGUGGUUAUCCUCGCCAGAAGGUUCGUUGUGGACUCAGUGUCAUGGGCAGUGAGGGCUUCCGAACUCAUACCGAGGUUGAUCGCUUUAUGGUACAUGCAGUUGGGAUUCGGUGAGGUUUCGGCUUACGCGCCCGAGGCAGCAGUGUCCGAAAUCACUCCUCGUGAAGGUAAGAGGGGAACCUUUUUCAAGACCGGUGAGGGUGUUGACAUGGAAUUGUUGUGGUUGCCGGAGGGCUUUGAUCUGGUGCGCGCCAUCAAAUUGGCUCUCCGCUCGUUCGCCAAGGCCAACAAUAUCGUGGACCUCAGCGCUUUUGGACUGUGGAAAUUGUUCACUCCGUAUUUCUCGCAUCCAAUCGUGGGUGGGAUGAUCCUGCUUUCUUUCGUCUGCAUGGUACUUCGCGGUCAAUCGGAUUUUCUGGCUAAGGUGUUUCCCGAGGGUGUGCCCAAAUCCGAUGAGAAAGAUGCGCCGGACCAUGAGAAACGUCAGGCAAUCGAUCCUACAGGUAUUCUUCACUGCAUGAUGGGAGCUCUUUGUUUGGGUGUCAAUCUUUACAUGCGGAUGGUCAAUGGCAACACGCGACCUCUCCGUAUUUGUUAUUUGAAUGCUGAUGGAGUUAUGGGCAAGACUCGCGGUCAUGCAAUUUCGGCGUUGCCCGCUGAUGUUAUCGCUCUUUGCGAAACUCAUCUCACACUACCGAUCUGCUUAAAAUUGUGGAUGGUUCUUUUCCUCGCUUUCGGCCCCUUUGGGGCGCCCCUUCCCAAGCCGGUGUCGGCUUUCUUGUUCGUGAUGCUGCCGUUUGGGCGGUUCGUCCCAUUCAGUGGCCGGCUAAUUCGCCGUGUCAUCGUCACUUGGUUGCGGAUGAGCUGGCCGAAGCGCGGCAUUUGCUAUCUGGUCGUUGCCUUUUGGAGUCUGUGGUGCGUCUUCGUUCCAUUUUUGAAAAACGCUGUGCGUGAGGCUUGGAAAGCAGUUAGCGAGUUGUUCAAGGAUGGGGACAUUCUGUCUGUAAAGGUCUCCAGCCCCGGCCUGGAUGGGUCGCCUUGGAUUUGGAAGGAGCUUCUGCUGAUGCUCUUGUGGGCGGUCUUUCCUUUGAUCUUGCUACAGCAUUUGACAGGAUUCCGAGAGAACUGCUUGGCCACAUCUUGCGUAAAAUGGCUCUUCCUUGUUGCGUUUUACAGCCGUUGUCCUGGUCCUCUUUCCAUGAUUGCUUUAAAUGCAACCAUCAAUAUAUGGUUGAAGGCGUUGACUGCAGAGGCGGGCACGACACUUGCCUUUUUUGGUCGGACCGCUGUGGUGCUCUUCUUCGGCACGGGCACUCACUGCCUUCCUGAGACCUCGACACACCUGAAGAGUUUGGAAACUCUUCGGUCUGACGUCAUGCGAUGUUUAUUGCGGCGUUUUGGUUACGUGGCUAGCCCGGGCAUGUAUUUUUCGCUGGUGGCUUCCCCUGUUCUGAAUCCUUACUUUUCGAGGGUGAUGGAUGGGCUUUUGGUUGCCUGGAGGGCCAUGAAGUUCGCUGGCAACCGCGUGCAAGUCAAAGAUUUGUUUUUCAAUGGUGACACCUUCAACGAUGGUCCUGUUGCACGGCUUCGUCAAGUGGAUUCCUUGUCCUGUUUUCGUGGUACGGUGGCGUCCAUGUUGGAGAUACCGGAUGAUGACUUCGGUACUUGGUUGCACGACAGUCGCGAGGUUUGGCGGCGCGACCAGUGGCGCAAAGUUGCUCGUGACCAUGCGGUCUUUCAAGGCAUCGAAAAAGGUAUUCUGAAAGAUGUCACUUUAUGUUACCUUCGUCAGUUGGAGCAGCAAGGAUGGUCCGGCCCUUUUGACAAUGGCACGUUUGCUCAUGAGCAAGCUCGUAUGAAGGCGGCAGUACUUCGUUUGUUGCUUACAGGCGGCCUUUUUACCAGGGACAUGGUGUCACAGCGCAAAACCAAGAAAGAAACUGUCUGCGAUUGUUCUGUUGGCGGCCCUGCUGACGUUUUUCAUGUCUCAUGGAAAUGCGCUCAUUAUGCUUCUCUUCGCGCUCCCAUCAGCCAUUUGUCUCGACGUCUAUGUCGCAGCAAGUCCUGCUUUCAUUUUGCCACUAUUGUGUGUGAAGAUGACGCUGAUGUGGCUACGGACGUUGUUCUUAUCCAGACAACCCUUGUGAACAUUUGGCAGGCAAGUGUCAAGAAUUACCUAUAUGGUGAUUUGGGACCUGGGGUGCGAGGUUCUGCAGAGGUUGUUGCUCAACCUGCAGUUGAGCCGACGGGCGAAGAUGCCAUUUUGGAAAACGGCCAUCAUAUCGUUGCCAUGAUGGGUGGUGGCGCUACCGACUCACUUGCGCCGCUGCACUUCCAGGGAGCACGGCCUUCUCGAGACUCAGUCGUUGCAGAUGGCACGGCUAUUUUGCCACCGGCUGGCUGGCUCGAGCCCCACUCCUUCGCUAGCGUUCCCGAGGCAGCUGCUCUUCCAGGUACCAAAAUCCUGACAAUAGCAGAUCAGCCGAUCAGCAAAACCGCGCAAUCUGAAUACUUAGGUGCUUUAUUGGGAUUGGAUCGUGCUUAUGGAGUCGAUGCAGACGAGCAUCGCCGUGUGAGCUUGGCCCACACAUCGUUUUCCAAACUGCGUCAUCUCUGGAGGUCUCGUGAGAUCUCACUGAAGACGAAAUUGAGGAUGCUGUUGUCCUGUGUGGCGGCUGUUCUGCUGUACAGCAGUGAAACAUGGACCGUUCAGUAUCCCCAUCACCGUCCUUUGCACUCCACUUGGAUGACGUUUGUGAUACGAGCGCAGCGACUCAGAUACAGCGAUAUGCAGGCUCUUCGACUCGAUAGUGAAGCUGUUUUGAAGCGGCUUGGGAAGCCGAGUGUUUUCACUUUGCUCGGUCGUCGUAGUGCGCAGUGGCUGGGGCAUACCAACCAGCUCAUGCCGUUCUGUUUGGCCCCAUUCCUGCCAGAGCUUUUGCUUCUGCUGGUGAGAGAGGAGCCCACUGUCAUCACUACACUGGCCGCGCCAAGAUGGUGCUGCAGACUCUCGCAGUCGACAGCUCGCAGCUCUGGUCUCGCAAGGCUCAAGAGAGUGGCUUGGCAUUAUGCUGUGAAGCGGAUUAAGAUUGCAGCGCUGGGUCGUCACGCUCCUCCUGCUGAUCGAGCCAGGGUGCAUGCGCAUGGUGGAGUUGCUCUUCGGGUGGUUGCUUUUCAGUGUCCGAUUUGUCCGUACAGAGGUCGCAACUCGCAGGGUUUGUCGCGCCACUUGAAUCUUGUGCGCCCAGUUGUUCGUGAUGUCUACAGAUGUCCCACUGCAACAAAGCUUACCGGCACAAAGGCUACUUCACGACGCACAUCCGUGGAUGUCAAGCCCGGCACUUGCCUGCCCCACCGGCUACGGCAGUGCCGCGUGAAGCUGGAGCUCGCACCGAUGCAGCUAUAG